CUCUCCUAGCACCGUAAAUAGAGUCCAAGUGGGCGGGGAGCCGCCCUGCGCCGCCCGCUCAUGUCUCUGCAGAGCCGAGUGUCCGGCCGCCUGGCACAGCUGCGCGCGGCGGGGCAGCUGCUCGGCGCCCCGCGCCCCUGGCCCGGCCCCUCAGCGGGUGCCACGCGGACCCGCAGCAGUGCGUGCGGUCCCCCGGCGUCCCUGGGCGCGUACGACUCCGGCGCGCGGACCCCAGCGGGAGUUGGGGCUGGGGGGGCGGCAGCAGUGGGGCGGAGAGCCGGGGUGCGCACCUGGGCCCCCCUGGCCAUGGCGGCGAAGGUGGACCUGAGCACCUCCACCGACUGGAAGGAGGCAAAAUCCUUUCUGAAGGGCCUGAGUGACAAGCAGCGGGAGGAACAUUACUUCUGCCGGGACUUCAUCAGGCUAAAGAAGAUCCCGACUUGGAAGGAGACGGCGAAAGGGAUAACGGCGAAGGUGGAGGAGCCCAAGUAUAAGAAGGACAAGCAGCUCAACGAGAAGAUCUCCCUGUUCCGAGGCGACAUCACCAAACUGGAGGUGGACGCCAUCGUCAACGCCGCCAACAGCUCCCUGCUCGGAGGUGGCGGUGUGGACGGCUGCAUCCACCGGGCCGCUGGACCCCUGCUCACCGACGAGUGCAGGACUCUGCAGAGCUGCGAGACCGGCAAGGCCAAGAUCACCUGCGGCUAUCGGCUGCCAGCCAAAUAUGUCAUCCACACGGUGGGACCCAUCGCCCACGGAGAGCCCAGCGCCAGCCAGGCUGCCGAGCUCCGCAGCUGCUACCUGAGCAGCCUCGACCUGUUGCUGGAGCACCGGCUCCGCUCCGCGGCUUUCCCCUGCAUCUCCACGGGAGUGUUUGGCUACCCCAAUGAGGCGGCGGCCGAGGUAGUGCUGACCGCGUUGCGGGAGUGGCUGGAGCAGCACAAGGACAAGGUGGACCGGCUGAUCAUCUGCGUGUUCCUGGAGAAGGACGAGAACAUCUACCGGCAACGGCUCCCCUACUACUUCCCGGUUGCCUGACGGCACCCCGCCACCUACCCUGACCAGGACUGACUCGCCAGGGCCUGCCGGACCUCGCUCCCAGCUCUAAGAAGUCGAGGAAGCCUGCAUCUGGGCCUGGCCUGGCCACCCCGUUCUGUCCCUCUGCUUCCU